CGCGCUGUGUGGGUGCGCGCAGGGAGCGGGCACCCGCGCUGGGGGCGGAGCCGAUUCUGCUACCACUGCCUGCCCGACAGCAUCAAACUGGGGGCUGAGUGAACGAGAGUCAGCCGGGGCCUCGACACAAUGUGGGCAGGUGCUUCUAUAGCCCCACAUUUUGCCACAACCAUGUCAGGAACUGUGACAUCCCAGUUUGAGUGCCAGGAGCUGGAGAGCACCAUGGCGAAGGAGCUCAAUCAGUUACUGGAAACUGCUACAAGAAGUGAGCAAGAACAAAUGAAGAAUGAUAUCGAGGGAUUCCAGAAACUCUUUCGCAGCUUACUGGAGAGGAAAGGUCCUUCAGUAGAAUGGGAGAAGAUCCAAAAAGCACCUGAAGAUUCUAUUCAGUCAUAUGAUAAAAUACAGGUCCGAGGGUUGUCGAAUGAUGUGUCUUCACUUCUAAGUAAACUAGUGGUGGUCAAGCUGAAUGGAGGACUUGGCACUAGCAUGGGCUGCAAAGGCCCCAAAAGCCUGAUCAGUGUACGCAAUGAGAAUACCUUCCUGGACCUCACAGUUCUGCAGAUCGAGCAUUUGAACAAAACUUAUCACGCUGAUGUCCCCUUGGUCUUGAUGAACUCAUUCAACACCGAUGAGGAUACUAAGAAGAUAUUACAGAAGUACAGGCAAUCUCAAGUGAAGAUUCAUACCUUUAAUCAAAGCAGGUAUCCCCGGAUUGAUAAAGAAUCCUUGCUUCCUAUAGCUAAGGGUUUAUCUCUCUCUGAGGAGAGUGCAGAGGCCUGGUAUCCACCAGGUCAUGGAGACAUCUAUACCAGCUUCUACAAUUCCGGUUUAUUGCGUACCUUUCUGCAAGACGGGAAAGACUAUAUUUUUGUGUCUAACAUUGAUAAUCUUGGAGCAACGGUUGAUCUGAAUAUACUCCAUCAUCUUUUGAAUCCACCAAAUGGAAAACAAUGUGAGUUUCUUAUGGAAGUAACUGACAAGACCAGAGCCGAUGUUAAGGGGGGUACCCUUAUUCAAUAUGAUGGUAAACUGAGAUUGUUGGAAAUAGCUCAAGUGCCAAAAACACAUGUUGAUGAGUUUAAAUCGGUCACCAAGUUCAAGAUCUUCAACACCAAUAACCUAUGGAUUUCUUUGACUGCAAUUGAAAGGCUACAAAAGCAAAAUGCUAUUAACAUGGAAAUCAUUUUAAACCCAAAGAUAUUGGGUGAUGGCCGAAAUGUAAUUCAACUUGAGACAGCCGUUGGUGCUGCCAUUAAGUGUUUUGAAAAUGCCCUGGGUAUUAAUGUGCCACGCAGCCGAUUCUUGCCUGUCAAGACCACCUCUGACUUGAUGUUAGUGAUGUCCAACCUGUACAGCCUUCAUGCAGGAUCCCUGACAAUGAGUGACAAAAGAGAAUUCCGAACUGUGCCUUUGGUCAAGUUGGGCAGUUCCUUUACUAAGGUACAAGAUUACCUGAAGAGGUUGGAGAGUAUACCAGAUAUACUGGAAUUGGAUCACCUUACUGUUUCAGGCGAUGUUACUUUUGGGAAGCAUGUUAUUUUGAAGGGAACGGUUAUAAUUAUUGCAAAUCAUGGGGAUAGAAUUGACAUACCUCCAGGUGCUGUACUGGAAAAUAAGAUUGUUUCGGGUAAUCUGCGGAUCCUGGACCACUAGAAGGAAGAUUUGCGGUUCUAACUGGUUGAAAGUGCUUUAUUUUAUCAUGUGAUGGGUUGCACAGUAAUGUGAUUCAUAAAUAAUUUUAUGUGCUAACUUUGGGUGUGAGAAGACUUGCCUCUUCCAGGUAGCUGUUAAAAUUGUUGCCAGCUUUUUGUGGAGAUUUUAAAACCAUGUCCUAUAGAAAGUGAGUGUUUGCAUUUAUAUACCCCAACGUUGAAAUGUGGCUUUAACUUUGUUCUUUCAACAACACUAUAAAUUCAACCCUGUUCUUAAAAAUAACUCAGCCUUGUGAUAAAUUGUUUCCAGCACUCAAAUGGUUAAAGUUCUAUGUUCAGAGCUAGUGCCUAUUUUACACUGAACCUUUGAACUGUAAUAAAGUGCAAUGUGAAAA